AUGUCCACCCGCGCCGGACGUGUCCGCCGGCCACCUCACUUCGACCAAUCGGAGGCCGCCACGUCACCUCCGCCGCCGUUCCUGGCCAACCAGGCGCUGCCACCUCACCCCGCCGGCUCCCCUCCACCGCGCCUCUCCACCGCAGGCCCGCGCGGCCCAGAUCCGGCCCGCUCGCCCCGGAUCCCACGCCCACGCCGUCGGCCGUUUCGGCUCUCCGCCCUGCUGCCUUGGCUUCCCGAGUCAUCGCCCGUCCGCCGUCCGCCGGAGUGCGCCUCGCCUCCCCGCCGCCCGCGCCCCUCGCCGUCCUCCGGCCACCGCCCGGUCGCUGCCCCGCCGGGAGCUCGCCCGCGCCUCGCCGCCUGGAUCCCGCUCGCCGUCGCCGCCGACCAUCCCCGUGCCGGCCCCGCGCCUCCCCGUCGGUGUAGCUCGCCGGAGCGCGCCGCUCCUCCCAGCUCCGGCCGGAUCCGCCCCGCUCCGCCCCGUUUCCGGCCUCAUCCGUCGCCGGCGCGCCGCCCUCGCCUCGGAUCCCGCCGCCGACCGGCCCCGCGGCGCUGA